CAGCAGGUAGUUCUGCCACCGGUCAGCCAGUGCGUCGGAUAUCGGUUUCCUGUCUGUCUCUUUUUUUGUUUUGACCCUUCUCCGCAAAGUUGUUCCAGAGGUUCUCAUGGCCGAACAGAAAGUGCUUGCUGGUGCAAAAUUCUAAUUAGAAAGUGGGUGCGGUGACAGUUUUUGCUGCGUUUUGGCAUGGAUAUGAGAUGAGUGAUAGUGCCGAGUAGGUCGCCGAUGAAGAAAGAAGAAAUUUUAUUCAAAUUAGGAGAAAAAUAUUUCUACACAUUUUUUCUGCUAGAUGUGUGAGUGUAUGUGGAAUUAACGGCAUUUUAUCUUCAGAAAUAAGUUCAGCAGUGUAACAUAAGAGGUGAAAAAAAAUACAGAAGAGUGUUGAGGAAAUCAAGGUAUCCUCCAGUUAUAUUAAGCAGUUGAAGGAGUUUAGUGAAUGUGAUGCUUACAGAAUUGGGCUGUACUUGAAAAUCCAAGGGUUUCAUGAGAAAAUUGGAAUACCAUUACUACAUUACACCGACAAGUCUAUAAGCUGUCGACGGAAUAUUUUGGAUCAGUGACGGAUUUAGCAACAAUUUUAUAAUCAGAACGGAAUAUUAAAACUGUGCAUACUCAGCUACACAUUCGCUUAAAACGAAAGUCAAUGUGGCGUCAAGAUGGUUAUCGUUACACGGGGUGACUACAUAUGGAUCGAGCCCGUGUCUGGACGCGAAUUCGAUGUGGCCAUCGGGGCCCGGGUCAUAUCGGCCGAGGGCCGACGUAUCCAGGUCCGCGAUGACGACGGCAACGAACUGUGGCUCACGCCGGAGCGUCGCAUCAAAGCCAUGCACGCUUCGUCCGUGCAGGGCGUCGAGGAUAUGAUUUCGCUGGGUGAUCUACACGAGGCUGGCAUACUACGGAAUUUACUGAUCCGAUACAACGACAAUUUGAUCUACACUUACACCGGAUCGAUUUUGGUAGCAGUAAAUCCCUACCAGAUACUUCCCAUCUACACCGCCGAUCAAAUCAAGCUGUACAAGGAACGGAAAAUUGGAGAACUUCCGCCGCACAUUUUCGCAAUCGGAGACAAUUCGUAUGCUCACAUGCGACGCUAUGGACAGGAUCAGUGUAUCGUUAUUUCCGGUGAAUCCGGAGCAGGCAAAACGGAAAGUACGAAGCUGAUUCUGCAGUACCUGGCCGCGAUCAGUGGGAAACACUCCUGGAUAGAGCAGCAAAUACUCGAAGCGAAUCCGAUUCUGGAAGCAUUCGGUAAUGCGAAAACCGUGCGAAACGACAACUCGUCCCGCUUCGGAAAGUACAUUGAUAUUCAUUUCAACAGUUCAGGUGUAAUCGAAGGUGCCAAAAUCGAACAGUAUCUUCUGGAAAAAUCUCGAAUAGUUUCACAGAAUGCAGAAGAGCGCAAUUAUCACAUUUUCUACUGUUUACUGGCAGGGUUGACGCAUGAAGAAAAGCGAAAGCUCAGCCUGGGGCAUGCUUCCGAUUAUCGGUACCUCACAGGGGGUGGGUGCAUUAAAUGUGAUGGGAGGAAUGAUGCUGCGGAAUUUGCCGAUAUUCGAUCGGCAAUGAAGGUUCUAUGCUUUUCGGACCAUGAAAUAUGGGAAAUUUUGAAGCUGCUUGCAGCGCUGCUGCACACUGGCAAUAUUAAAUAUCGAGCGACAGUUAUUGAUAACUUGGACGCAACAGAAAUUCCGGAGCAUAUCAAUGUUGAAAGAGUGGCUAGUUUGUUGGAAGUUCCGUUGCAGCCUUUUAUUGAUGCUCUCACUAGAAAGACGCUUUUUGCUCAUGGUGAAACGGUGGUGUCUACGUUGUCAAGAGACCAAUCGAUGGACGUGCGCGAUGCCUUUGUGAAGGGCAUCUAUGGGCGAUUGUUUGUUCUUAUCGUUAAGAAGAUCAACCAGGCAAUCUAUAAGCCAAAGUCGUCAACCAGAAGUGCUAUUGGGGUGCUGGAUAUUUUCGGUUUCGAGAAUUUUGAUCAUAAUAGUUUUGAACAGUUUUGUAUUAAUUUUGCAAACGAAAACUUGCAGCAGUUCUUCGUACAGCACAUCUUUAAGCUGGAACAGGAGGAGUACAACCAUGAAAGCAUCAACUGGCAGCAUAUCGAGUUCGUGGACAAUCAAGACGCGUUGGACUUGAUAGCCAUUAAGCAGUUGAAUAUUAUGGCUUUGAUUGAUGAAGAAUCUAAAUUUCCGAAAGGCACAGAUCAGACAAUGUUGGCGAAACUGCACAAAACUCAUGGCACUCAUCGAAACUAUCUGAAACCGAAGUCAGAUAUCAACACCAGUUUUGGGCUGAAUCAUUUCGCAGGAGUGGUGUUUUAUGAUACUCGUGGAUUUUUGGAGAAAAAUCGUGACACAUUUAGCGCAGACUUACUUCAGCUUAUAUCAAGCUCUUCCAAUCGUUUCCUUCAGGCUGUCUUUGCGGAAGAUAUUGGCAUGGGAGCAGAAACACGGAAACGAACGCCGACCCUUUCGACACAGUUCAAGAAAAGUUUGGAUUCACUCAUGAAGACCCUCAGCCAGUGUCAGCCGUUUUUCAUUCGAUGCAUCAAACCGAACGAGCUGAAAAAACCGAUGAUGUUCGAUAGAUCACUGUGCUGUCGGCAGUUGCGAUACUCCGGUAUGAUGGAAACAAUUCGAAUUCGUCGUGCCGGAUAUCCUAUUAGACAUAACUUUAGAGAUUUUGUUGAGCGAUAUCGAUUUCUUAUCAAUGGCGUUCCACCGGCGCAUAGAACUGAUUGUCGAAUGGCAACUUCGAAAAUUUGUGCAACCGUACUAGGUCGGUCCGAUUAUCAGCUGGGUCAUACGAAGGUCUUCUUGAAGGAUGCACACGAUUUGUUUUUGGAGCAGGAACGUGACCGUGUUUUGACGCGCAAAAUUUUGAUCCUGCAGCGUUCGAUCCGUGGUUGGGUGUAUCGUAGAAGAUUCCUGCGCAUGCGGCAGGCAGCUAUUACGAUUCAAAAGUAUUGGAAGGGAUACGCACAGCGCCAGCGCUACAAGAAGAUGAAGAUCGGAUACAUGCGGCUGCAGGCUUUGAUUCGUUCGCGCGUUUUGAGCCAUCGCUUCCGACAUCUGCGGGGACACAUUGUACGGUUGCAAGCGAGAAUUCGUGGAUAUUUGGUUCGUCGAGAGUACGGCAAUAAGUUGUGGGCGGUGAUUAAAAUCCAAUCUCAUGUUAGAAGAAUGAUCGCUGUGAAUCGGUAUCAGAAGUUGAAGUUGGAGUAUCGAAGGCAUCAUGAAGCACUGAGACUCAGACGAAUGGAAGAGGAGGAAUUGAAGCAUCAAGGCAACAAGCGGGCUAAGGAAAUUGCUGAACAACACUAUCGCGAUCGGUUGAAUGAGAUCGAACGGAAGGAUAUGGAACAAGAAAUGGAGGAGCGUCGUCAGGUGGAAGUGAAGAAAAACAUCAUCAACGAUGCUGCGAGGAAAGCUGACGAACCGGUGGAUGAUAGUAAGUUGGUGGAAGCAAUGUUUGACUUUUUGCCGGAUUCUAGCAGUGAAGCUCCAACACCACAUGGUGGCCGUGAAACGUCCGUCUUCAAUGACCUACCGGUUAAUCAAGAUAACCACGAAGAUAUUAUUGGUCCUAUUCAUACAAUUUCCGAAGAUGAGGAGGACUUGUCGGAAUUCAAAUUCCAGAAGUUUGCUGCAACCUAUUUCCAAGGCAACAUUACUCAUUACUACUCUCGAAAACCUUUGAAACAUCCUUUGUUGCCGUUGCACACUCAAGGAGAUCAGUUGGCAGCACAAGCAUUGUGGAUUACGAUUCUAAGAUUCACGGGAGAUCUUCCAGAGCCACGUUAUCACACUAUGGAUCGGGACAACACGUCGGUCAUGUCCAAGGUUACGGCAACGCUGGGUCGUAAUUUCAUAAGAAGCAAGGAGUUCCAAGAAGCUCAAAUGAUGGGCUUGGAUCCGGAGGCAUUUCUCAAACAGAAGCCUCGCUCGAUAAGACAUAAGCUGGUGUCGCUAACUUUGAAGCGCAAAAACAAGCUGGGCGAGGACGUGCGUCGUCGUCUGCAAGACGAGGAAUACACUGCCGAUAGCUAUCAAUCGUGGUUAGAAUCUCGACCAACUUCUAAUCUGGAGAAACUACACUUCAUUAUAGGCCAUGGAAUUUUACGCGCAGAGUUGAGAGAUGAAAUCUACUGUCAAAUUUGCAAACAGCUCACGAAUAAUCCAUCGAAAUCAUCCCACGCCAGGGGCUGGAUCCUGUUGUCACUUUGCGUGGGAUGCUUUGCUCCAUCGGAGAAAUUCGUCAACUAUCUUCGUUCGUUCAUCAGGGAAGGACCACCAGGUUAUGCUCCGUAUUGUGAAGAACGACUAAAGCGAACGUUCAAUAAUGGAACUCGCAAUCAACCUCCAUCCUGGCUGGAACUGCAGGCUACAAAGUCCAAAAAGCCGAUCAUGCUUCCGAUCACCUUUAUGGACGGUAACACGAAGACACUACUGGCCGACUCAGCGACGACAGCUCGUGAAUUGUGCAAUCAACUGUCGGAUAAGAUCGCGCUGAAGGAUCAGUUUGGAUUUUCACUCUACAUUGCACUAUUCGAUAAGGUGUCGUCGCUAGGCAGCGGUGGAGAUCAUGUGAUGGAUGCCAUCUCUCAGUGUGAACAGUACGCGAAGGAACAGGGUGCUCAGGAGAGGAAUGCGCCUUGGCGCUUGUUCUUCCGGAAGGAGAUCUUUGCUCCGUGGCAUAAUCCGAUUGAAGAUCAGGUCGCCACCAAUCUGAUCUAUCAGCAGGUGGUUCGUGGGGUUAAAUUCGGGGAAUAUCGCUGCGAUAAGGAGGAAGAUUUGGCAAUGAUCGCCGCUCAGCAGUACUAUAUAGAGUAUAAUACGGAUAUGUCUAUGGAUCGGCUUUAUACUUUGUUGCCGAAUUUUAUUCCGGAUUACUGCCUGACGGGCAUUGAAAAGGCAAUCGAUCGGUGGGCAGCUCUGGUGCUGCAAGCCUACAAGAAGAGUUAUUAUUUGAAAGAUAAGGCACCCCCAUUGAAGGUCAAAGAAGAUGUAGUAGGCUAUGCGAAGUACAAAUGGCCGCUGCUCUUUUCGAGGUUCUACGAAGCUUACAGAAAUUCGGGACCCAACCUUCCUAAAAACGAUGUUAUCAUAGCGGUGAAUUGGACCGGUGUCUACGUAGUGGACGAUCAGGAGCAGGUUUUGCUGGAGCUUUCCUUCCCAGAAAUCACCGCUGUUUCGAGUCAGAAAACGAACAAAGUCUUCACGCAAACUUUCUCAUUGUCCACGGUACGGAAUGAAGAGUUCACUUUCCAAAGUCCCAAUGCAGAGGACAUUCGAGAUCUGGUGGUUUACUUUUUGGAGGGGUUGAAAAAACGCUCAAAAUAUGUGAUAGCCCUCCAAGACUAUAAAGCACCCGGAGAGGGAACGAGUUUCCUGUCCUUCAUGAAAGGAGAUUUGAUUAUUUUAGAGGAUGAAAGCACUGGAGAAUCUGUUUUGAAUUCUGGCUGGUGUAUAGGAUGCUGUGAACGCACUCAGGAACGGGGAGACUUUCCAGCGGAGAUUGUUUACGUUUUACCUACUCUAACUAAGCCUCCACCGGACAUCCUGGCAUUGUUCAGCGUAGAAGAUGCACAUCAUGGCAAACGACUCAACUCGAUACACUCGAACGGCGGAACGGAAACUCGAGAGCGACCGCACACUCUAGCGGAUUAUUCACUUGACCACUUCAGGCCACCGCCAAAACGCACGAUGUCUAAGGCGCUAUCUACCCUCAGUUCCAAGCGAGGAGGCGACGAGCUGUGGCGCUAUUCUCGAGAGCCCCUAAAACAACCUCUGCUUAAGAAACUAUUGGCAAAGGAAGAACUUGCUGAAGAGGCGUGCCUUGCUUUCAUCGCUAUCAUGAAAUACAUGGGCGACUUGCCAUCCAAACGACCCCGCAUAGGUAACGAAGUUACCGAUCACAUAUACGACGGUCCACUGAAGCACGAGAUCCUGCGCGACGAAAUUUACUGUCAGUUAAUGAAGCAACUCACCGACAACCGGAACCGUCUUUCCGAGGAACGUGGCUGGGAGCUGAUGUGGCUUUCUACCGGGCUGUUUGCCUGCAGUCAACAAUUGCUCAAAGAGUUAACUCUGUUCUUACGAAGUCGCCGGCAUCCAAUUUCGCAGGAUUCACUGCAUCGUCUGCAGAAAACAAUCCGUAAUGGUCAACGCAAAUACCCGCCCCAUCAGGUCGAAGUAGAAGCAAUUCAGCACAAAACCACACAAAUUUUCCAUAAAGUCUACUUCCCGGACGAUACGGACGAAGCAUUCGAAGUGGAUUCCUCCACCAGAGCGAAAGAUUUCUGCCAGAACAUUUCACAGAGACUAAACCUGCGGUCCAGUGAAGGCUUUAGUUUGUUUGUAAAAAUAGCCGACAAGGUGAUAUCAGUGCCAGAAGGAGAUUUCUUCUUCGACUUCGUGCGUCAUUUGACCGAUUGGAUUAAAAAGGCGCGACCAACGCGGGACGGUUCGAAUCCACAGUUCACCUACCAGGUGUUCUUCAUGAAGAAACUGUGGACGAACACCGUGCCGGGCAAGGAUAAGAACGCCGAUUUGAUAUUCCACUACCAUCAGGAACUGCCAAAACUGUUGCGUGGUUAUCACAAGUGUUCGAAGGAGGAAGCGGUAAAGCUCGCGGCGCUGGUGUACCGAGUGCGGUUCGGUGAAAGUAAACAAGAGCUGCAAGCGAUACCUCAAAUGCUUCGCGAGCUAGUUCCCUCGGAUCUAAUUAAACUACAGACGACAAAUGAUUGGAAACGAUCCAUAGUUGCAGCUUACAAUCAGGACGCCGGAAUGUCUCCGGAGGAUGCAAAAAUCACGUUCCUCAAAAUUGUCUAUAGGUGGCCCACAUUCGGAUCAGCCUUCUUCGAAGUGAAGCAGACGACGGAGCCCAACUAUCCGGAAAUGCUGUUGAUUGCCAUCAACAAACAUGGCGUCAGUUUGAUUCAUCCAAGCUCGAAGGACAUCCUGGUCACCCAUCCGUUCACGCGCAUUUCCAACUGGUCUUCCGGCAACACGUACUUCCACAUGACGAUUGGAAACCUGGUGCGCGGUUCCAAGUUACUGUGCGAAACUUCGCUCGGCUACAAGAUGGACGAUCUGUUGACCUCCUACAUUUCACUUAUGCUGACCAACAUGAAUAAACAGCGAACAAUUAGAAUUAAAUAGGAACCGGCCUAAGCGGAGCAGCAAGCACACAACACAUAGCACAGCUUUACGGCAAAUUAAGUUUUCUUUGUUUUUUUUUAUCCCAGCAAUAUGCUUUCAAGUUUAUGUAUUUAUUUUGUUUGAGCUUCGCUUUUUUGUUUUAGCUUGUUGAAAGCAUUAAACAUAUUUAAGUAGAAAUAAUAGAACAAAUUUGAUUAUGCUUGCGCGUAGGAUUAUUUAUGGCGCUGAUCUGAUAUUAUGACACCGAGCGUCUAAAAGGCAAGGUACAACCGAGCUAACAAUAGAGUUUACUUUAUCUUCCCCUUCUAACAGUAUUGAAACAGUAACGUCGAAAUGAGCAAGUACUCAAGGGCCGAGCUAAAGGAAAAGCUAAACAUUUUUGAAAUUUUCAAUAGCGUGCUAUCAAUUUUAUGUUCAAGUCGAACCCUUAAAGCCAUUUUAGUUUAUGUAACUAAUUUUAUCGCACCUACAAUUUGCACUGUUCUAAAAACAUGCUUUUAUUUAUUUUGAGCCAAUUCCCUAUCCUGCCUUUCAAAUAUGUCACUGUACUGGUCAGAGCCUAGGUUUUUGUAUAGUUAAGCUCUGUGCGAAAAUGAACUAAACAAGUUUAGGUGUAUGUUAGCUUGUCCGUCUGAAACAGUUUUUAGGGCUUACCAACUUUUCCCCCCCAUAGGGUAUGCGCGUAUGCGAAAUAUUACUCAAUCGUGAACAUCCUGCUUGUACGAGAUGGUGCCUGAGUUUGCAGAGUGACAAUUUGUGACUGUGACAUCGCAUGCUUGAAAUUAUAGAUGUGCCACUAUUAGGCGAUCGCUAUGGCGGCACAUGGUGUACGGAAUGCUCUACAAGGUUCAAUAUUUUUGUAGUUUUAUUAUUAUAAUUACCUUGUUAUACAUACCUUUAUUGCUAUUUACUGUAACUGGUCUAUUAUACAAUAAA